CAGUUGACCCGAGCCACCGGCAGAUAACUAUCGGCGAACAAACAAGGCAGAAGAAAGGAGGAUAUCAGAAGACGGUUGUAAUUGCAAGAAGCUGCACGAAUCAAAAGAGAGUUGCUGGAGUAAAAUCGGCGCCCAUGCCAGCAGAAGCGGCGAAACUUCCACCCCCACCUUCCCCUCCUGCUGCGUGUGUAUACAUAUUUACUCGCCCCGGCUGGCUCCCACCACCUCACUCCAUUCCUGACGGCGGUUUGACCUUCUGACCGGAGGGAGAGAGAGAGAGAGAGAGAGAGGAGAAUCAUAGCUGCUGCGUUCGAUUUGCGGAGGGCUGGAGGGGACGCGAGACGGGACAGGACGGAUCUUCGACGGAGCGUUGCCCGAUUCGUCGCAGUUCCCGGACAAGGGAGGAAAGGCGUGGGAAGAGGGAGGACGCGCGUUGGUCUCCGAUCCAAGAGGGGGAAAAAAAAGAAGGGUUUUCCUUGGAGGCUACCGAGCGCUACUUCGGCCGUCUUUGUUAACACCAGAGAUUAAAAGAUAGCGCCGUAGCGCAAUGAAGGCACCAUCGCUACUGGUUCGGUGUUUCCCUGGCUUGCUUCCCAGCAAGGACACUAGUUGUGUGCCAAUUGUGUCCGAGAAGGAUCUGCAGCUACCAUCACUAGCCGUUGAAAUAAUUCCCUCAAAGAGUGCUCACCCGUACAAAUAUGCUGGAGAGAAGGUUGAUGUGCAAGGUUUUGAUAUUUUCAAGGGUAAAGUUAGUGUAGCAGAUAUGAUAUCCUUCUCACCUUCUGAAGUAGCAUCAUCAAAAUAUGAUGGAGCUCUGAAAAGCUGGGAGAAUUCUAUUACUCUUGUCAACAUUAUUCGAAAUGAGAUCCGUGAUGGCCAGUUGAGCUUCAGGGGCAAGCGGGUUCUAGAGCUUGGAUGUGGAUCUGGCGUCUCCGGGAUUUUUUCAUGCUUGAAGGGUGCAUCCACCGUUCACUUUCAGGACAUGAACGCAGAAACCAUACGGUGCAGAACAAUACCCAAUGUUCUUGCAAACCUCGAGCAGGCUCGGGACAGGCAGAACAGACCAUCAGAAGAGAGCCCCGUGACGCCAUCCCGGCAGCUCUUGGAUCCAAACGUGCAUUUCUAUGCCGGAGAGUGGGAUGAACUCCCGACAGUUCUCUCGGCUGUGCCGCCACCCGCGGCGCCAGCAGACCUCAGCUUCUCCGAAGACGAUUUCAUGGAUGGCGGCAGCAGUAGUCAUGAUGGAAGCAGUGUAGUCGUCGGCCAGGACUACUGCCCCAGAAGAUCUAGGAAGCUCUCCGGUAGCCGCCGCGCGUGGGAGAGGGCUAAUAACGAGACCGACCAGGCAGAUGGCGGCUACGAUGUGAUUUUGGUCUCCGAUGUCCCCUACGCAGCUAACUCUCUGAAGAAGCUCCAUGCGCUUAUUUCAAAGUGCCUACGCCCUCCGUACGGAGUCAUGUACUACGUGGCAUCGAAGAAGAGCUCGGUUGGGUCCAACGGUGGCGCCAGGCAGCUCCGAGCUCUGAUGGAAGAGGGAGGCGUCCUUGGCGGCCACUUGUUGACCGAGGUGUGUGACAGGGAGAUAUGGAAGUUCUUCUUCAAGUGAGCAGAUCCAGGGACUGGGAGUGGGAACGGCAGGGGAAAUGGAUCCUUCCUGACGUUGAAAUGAAACCCAGUUUUUUUUUUGGUUUCUAUCUGCAGCGAUGUACAUACAUACCGCGAGGCGUAUAGUACGUAGUUCCAUUAAUUCUUUGGCAGCAGCAGCAGCAACGUUGAAGCUUCAAGAAUCAAAUACCUGUAGCUGAGCUUGCACGAAUCCUUCGCCGCCUUUGUAGAGAUCUGUCUGCUAUGUGCUGUGCUAGUGUCGUUCUGUUAAAGUACAGAGAGCAAAUUGUAGUGACCUUUUUGUGUAUAUCGAAUACACGGUGAUGGCAAUUCGGCCGGUGCAUGGUAUGUGUGAGAAACUCGCGCACAAUUUCUACAUGCAUCUUUCUACA